AUGGUGAUACCUGACCAAAUUGCUUUCCAUGCGGUAGCUUACAGUAAUUCCGGUCCCGGGGUGGUCAUUUUCGAUCACGUGAUCUCAAAUAUUGGAAGCAGAUACGACAGUAGCUCCGGGAUUUUUACUGUACCAACAACAGGUUUUUAUGUGUUUUCUUGGAGCAUAGAGACUUACGAACAGUUGACUGAGGCUGCGCUUUUAGUGAACGGAAUAGAGAUUAGAAUAUCUAAGUCUGACGAAAUCGCCUCCUACUACGACACAAUUACUUCCUUCGCCAUCCUAAUCCUUAUCAUUAAGGGCAAAGUCUGGGACAAAGUCAAAAGCGGGCGAGCAGAAGCGAUGCAAACCAUGUUUUCUGGAUGGAUUAUCAAUCAAAGAGAUAGUACAGCAUUUUAUGCUUCUAUUACGCAUGAUGAGAUCGGUUAUAGUAUUAAAUUUAACAACGAAGUCCUGGACACAGAUGAUGAUUACUCCAGGUAUACAGGGAGUUUUGGCGCCUCGUUCUGGUCUUUACGUUUUGAUGAUGUCAGGUCUUAUGUAUGGGGAUACAUAUUCCUUUUACAAGUUUAUACUUAG